AUGACGCAGCCCGUGCUGUUCUCGGUGGAGCUGCUGGAGUCCGUGCUGCUGACAGUCCGUCGUGUGGCUCACGUACUGCUGGGCUCCGUCGUGCUGCUCACCAAGGAGAUGCCGAGGUUGGUCGUGCUGCGCGCGAAGGAGCUGCUGGAGGCCCUCGUGCUGUCCCCAGUGGUGCCGCUGCAGUCUGUCCUGCUGCUCUCGCUGGUGAUGCUGGGGUCCAUGCUGCUCACGGCAGUACUGCUGGAGUCCCCACUGCUCACGGCGGUGCUGCUGGAGUCCGUUCUGUCGACGACGGUACUGCUGAAGUCCGUCGUAUUGCACAUUCUGCUGGAGUCUGUCGUGAGGCUCACGAUGGCGCUGCUGGACUCCGAGCGGCUGGAGACCCGUGUGCUGCCCUUAGUGGGGCUGCUGGAGUCCGCCCUGCUGCUCUCAAUGCUGCCGCUGGGGUGCGCCAUGUUGCUCACGUUGGUGCUGCUGGAGUCCGUCGUGUUGCUUACGAUGGUGAUGCUGGGCUUCUUCGAGCUGCUCACCGAGGUCAUGCCUAGGUCCGUCGUGCUGCUCGCGAUGGCGCCGAUGAAGGUCCUCGAGCUGUGCGGCUGCAGCUUUCCAGAGGCCGCAGGUAAUAUUAACGUUAUGCUGGAUGCUCUCGAUCAUAAAGGUGGCAUGGGCAAUGGGCACUUCGACCGUGUCUACCGUGAUAUUGCUGCCAAUAUCGGAGUGGACCUUUUCUUGCCUAAUCGUGAUUCCCAUCUGCUUGCUUUCUGGUUCAAUCCGCACGCCAUUAAGAUCAAGCCGGUUGCCAACGCCUGUUUGCACAACGAGGUUGGCGUCGGAUGCGAGGAUCAUGAGGAUUUCAUCGAUCAGAUCCUCUUCGAAGACGGCGCCGUUACCCUCGGGGAUGACGACGACGCGGAGGAGCAGGAGGUCACCGUUGACCAGGUCCGUCACGAGGACGGCGAGAAGCCUUGCGAGGCGGGCGACGGCGGGGACGAGCAAGAGGACUUCAUUGACAAAGUUCUCUACGAGGAUUGCGAUGAAGACUAUGAUGAUGACGGCGAGUUGGAGGAAGAAGAGACUUGCAUCGACCAGGUCACGUACGAGCAUAGACACUCGUGCAGGGCAGAUAGAGGUCCCGGGGUCCUGAGGCAACGUUAUCUGGCCGAUCAG